AUGUGGGCCGUCCUCGUUGCUAUCGCAAACUUGCUGUACCUCAUCAUCAAGCUUCCUCUGGAUAAUCCGCUGCUGAGCCUUAUACUCGCGCUGGGAUGGUUUCUUUACUUGAAAAGGCAUGAGCUUGAAAACAGCGGCCCAAUCGUAAUUGCAAUCCAGCAGCAGUUAUCCCAAAUCUUUGGAACGAAGAUCUCUUCGAAAGAACUUCCAUGGAUCGAGACAACUGUAACUCAUCUUAUAGGAAAGUAA